UUUCGCUCCCCACAGCGGCGGCGGCCACAGCCACACGUUCUCGCGCGGGAUCUAAUUCCAAACAGCACUGCCCUUGCUUCUACCGUUCCCCAAGUGCGCUCCCUCUCUCGCCAUCCAUCUCGUGCACGACUGGGCAACCGUUGCCGCUGUCGAGGUGCCCAGGUCUUCAUCGGUCCCUCGUCAGUUCUUCUCCGGCCCUUCGCCGCCGACAAGCUCCGCCAGGUUGCUGUGUUAAGUCCAAGCUUAUCACAUGGAUUCAACACAAGAUUUUCAACCCAGGACAUUUUCUAUAAAGUUGUGGCCACCAAGUGAAAGCACACGGCUCAUGCUUGUUGAGAGGAUGACAAAGACUAUGUCCACAGAGUCCAUUUUCUCUCGCAAAUAUGGUCUUUUGGGCAAGCAAGAGGCUCAUGAGAAUGCAAAAAGGAUUGAAGAACUUUGCUUUGCAUCGGCUGAUGAGCAUUUCAAAAAUGAGCCAGAUGGUGAUGGGAGUUCUGCUGUCCAGCUAUAUGCAAAGGAAUCAAGCAAGAUGAUGUUGGAAGUUCUGAGAAAAGGCCCAAGGACUACUGCAGAAUUGGAGGCACCUGUAGAUGAUACAUCUCUUGUGUCUGCUGAUGCACCUCGUGUGCUUGCUGAUACUGUACUGGAUAUAUCUGGUGGGGAGCGUGCUUUUAUUGAGGCAGAUGAAGCAAAGGAACUGCUUAGUCCACUUACCAAACCAGGGAAUUCAUAUAAAAGAAUUUGCUUUAGCAACAGGAGCUUUGGUAUUGGUGCUGCUAAUGUUGCUGGUCCAAUUCUUGAGUCAGUUAAGAAUCAGCUCACAGAGGUUGACAUCUCAGAUUUUGUGGCAGGAAGGCCUGAGGAUGAAGCCCUUGAUGUGAUGCGCAUAUUCUCCAAAGCAUUAGAGGGUUCUGUCCUGAGAUAUCUGAACAUCUCUGACAAUGCUUUGGGUGAGAAGGGUGUCAGGGCAUUCAGUGAGCUCCUGAAAUCACAGGAAUCCCUCGAAGAACUAUAUGUGAUGAAUGAUGGCAUAUCAGAGGAAGCUGCGAAAGCUCUAUCUGAGCUUAUUCCUGCAACUGAGAAGCUUAAGGUUCUCCACUUCCACAACAACAUGACGGGAGAUGAAGGUGCUAUGUAUAUUGCUGAGAUGGUUAAGCGUUCUCCGAAUGUAGAGAGUUUCAGGUGCUCAGCAACAAGGAUAGGAUCUGAUGGUGGAGUCGCAUUGUCUGAGGCAUUAGGGACAUGCACUCGCCUGAAGAAACUUGAUCUCAGGGACAACUUGUUUGGUGUUGAUGCAGGGUUAGCUCUCAGCAAAACCCUUCCAAAGCUUCCUGAUCUUGUUGAGCUUUAUCUCAGUGAUCUCAAUCUAGAAAACAAGGGUACUAUAGCAAUUGCCAAAGCCCUCGAACAGUCAGCACCACAGUUGGAGGUCCUUGAAAUUGCUGGAAAUGAAAUAAAUGCCAAAGCAGCCCCAGAUUUGGCCAAGUGCCUAGCGGCAAUGCAGUCACUCAAGAAGCUGACUUUGGCUGAAAAUGAACUGAAGGAUGAUGGUGCCGUGAUAAUCGCAAAAUCAUUGGAAGAUGGCCACAUAGAUCUCAAGGAGCUUGAUGUUAGCGUGAACAUGCUGCAGAGGGUUGGAGCUCGGUGCUUUGCGCGGGCAGUCGCUAAUAAACCGGCUUUUGAGCUGCUGAACAUCAAUGGAAAUUUCAUCUCUGGUGAAGGGAUCGAUGAGGUGGAGGAAAUCUUGAAGGCUGGUAAGAAACCCCUGAAAGUGCUGGGCCCACUAGAUGAGAAUGAGCCUGAUGGAGAGCCUGAUGAUGACGAUGAAGAGGUUGAGGAUAAUGAGGACGAGCUGAAUUCGAAGCUGCAGAGUGUGAAGGUUGAGCAGGAUGAUUGACCGAGUUGGUAUCGAGAUAUAAGCCUGUCGCAGGGUCUUGAUAACUGAGUUAUCUACAAUGCUGUUGAUCUUUGGUUUUGUAGUCGGUUUUUGUUAUGAAAAACCAGAACCAGCUAUCUUGUGACUUGUGCAAUCUGAUUAUAGAUUAGAACUGCUCUUAUUUAUUCGUUUAUAUUAAUGACAUCGUUCCAUU